AUGAGAAGGGGAAGAAAAAUAAUUCACAGCCAUUCAUCAUCUGACGACGAGGACUAUGAAGAAAACGAACCACAACAAAAACACUAUUCAGAAUCAUCAUCAGCUUCCGAAUAUUCAUCCUCCGAUGAUGAUGAAUCAAACAAUUCAAAAAACAAGAGAAAAUCAAGAGUUUCAUCAUCCCGAUCAAAACCUUCCCUAUCACUAACUACAUCAGCAUCAUCAUCAUCAACAAGAAAACAACAACAACAAACAAAGCAAUCUAAUUCUUCCUCUUCUACUUCAUCAUCAUCAUCAAGAAUAAUACGUAGAAUUUCAAAUCAUCAUGUAAAAAAACAUCAAGCUGUUGAUUGGGAGGUUUUAAAACAAAUUCUUGUCAAACGAAGACAAAUCUAUGAUUUAGAAUUGAAAAAGGCACAAUUGGAGAGGGAAGCUUCUCGGAAGGCCAUGUCUCUGGAAGGAUCUGUGAAUAAUCAGGAUGAAGUUUCACCCUAUUUGAAAUAUCCAUCUUCAGUAUUGUUGAUGCUUUUGCAACAUCAGGAAUCGGAAGAACAACAUUGUGCUGAGGAAGAGGAAAAGAAAAAGAAGGAAAAACGUAAGAAAUCAUCAUCGAGUAAAUCAUCAAAUAGUGUUGAUAAAAGGUCAGCAGAAUUUUCAUCGUCAUCCACAUUGAAUGAUGGUGAUUCAGAAUUGGAUUCUACUGCACUUCCAUCGGAACCAAUCAUGUUAACAGAAUCAACAAUUCCAAAACAUUGUGUUCCAAUAAGGACCGAUGUGAGAAAUAUGAAUUGGAAAGCAUUGGCAAGAGUGGCUCAAUUUGAUGUCAUCUUAAUGGAUCCACCUUGGCAAUUGGCAACUUCAAAUCCAUUGAGAGGUGUUGCAAUUAGUUAUAAACCACUCUCUGAUAAGCACAUUCAGAGUAUGGACAUUUCAUCACUGCAGGAAAAGAAUGGUGGAUUUCUGUUUGUGUGGGUGAUCAAUGCCAAGUAUGUAAAAACUUUGGAAAUGAUUGAAAAGUGGGGAUAUAAAUUUGUAGAUGAGAUUACCUGGGUCAAACAAACGAAACACAGACGUCUAGCCAAAGGCCAUGGCUAUUACUUGCAACAUGCUAAGGAAAAUUGUAUCAUUGCCAUUAAGAAUACCACUCCAGAGAGGGAAAAGGAAAUGAUGGAAGCUGCUCGACAGAAAGUGACCAGUCUCUGUGAUGUCAUUCUCAGUGAUAGAAGAGGUCAAUCUCAAAAACCUGAAGAUUUGUAUCAUUUUAUUGAGCAAAUGGUACCUGAUGGAAAGUAUUUGGAAAUAUUUGGAAGAAGAAACAAUUUAAGAGAUUAUUGGGUAACUAUUGGCAAUGAGUUAUAA